AUGGAGGUGGGUUAUUACGGUAUGCCAUUGGGUUUUCGGUUUCAUCCUACUGAUCAAGAAUUGGUCAGUUCCUAUCUUCGCGAUAGAGCCCUCUCCGGAAAGCCCUUGGGCAAGCCGUUUAUUCAAGAGUUCAAUCUCUUCGGACAAACACCACCGUGGGUGGUUUGGGAGCAGUUCGGCGGAGAUUCCCUACUCGAUCAGGACUUGUUCUUCUUCUACGAGCUGCGUUCUAGAAGUGACAGCGAUAGCCGCAGCAAACGCCAGAUUGAAGCCGGAGGCACUUGGAGCGAAACAUCCUCCGACAAAGUUUUAGGUUUGGACGGAAUUCCAAUCGGGGAUAAAGGGCAUUUCAGGUAUAACAACAAGGGUUCUAAUAACAAUGGCGGCUGGCUGUUAGAAGAAUACAGUCUUCUUCCUAAUGUAGUUGCUGGCCCAAAGGUCGUUCUUUCCCGACUCAAAAGGAAUCUGAGGUCUAGGUGUGGAAGCAAGAUGAAUUCCUCAAGUCCAACUCACGACUUCAAUGAGAAGCCACCGAUUAAGAGGGCUAGAAAAGAAGUAUCGAAUGAGAAGCCGCUGAUUAAGAGAAAGAGAGCAAGAAAAGAACCGGGUUCACAAAAACAUUCUAAUGUGAAUGUGAUCACCAAUACCCCUGCUGUUGUGCCUUUUGUUGGAAUUGAAAGCAAUAUGAUUACUGACACUAGGUAUGAUGAUCAGGAGUGCAUAACCAACAUUAACGGCAAUAUGAAGCCGACUGAUUUUUCUGAUCCGGAUAGUGUGAUAUUGAUGAGUGAUGUUCCUUCUUAUCCCAUAUGCUUGGACAGCGACACUAGCAAUCACGACCAGGGGUGCAUAAGCUACAUUAAUGGAAAUGUGAUGCCCUUUCCCACUCAUAUUUCAGAUCAUGAAUAUGUGCCACUGAUGAGUGAUGUUCCUUCUUCUCCGAUAUUCUUGGGCGGCAGGGAAUAUCCUUUAGAUGGUGAAGCAGUGCGUGCAGACAUUAAAGAAUGGUUGACAACGCUUGAAGGUAAAUUGCCCCAGGAGUGGCCUCAAAUUGACGAAUUCAGCCAACUGUUAGAUGGGUUCAAUUACUGGACAGACUGUUUGUGGAUGAGCAAUUCUCUGAAUGAUCAAUAGAGGGACGUAGAGGUGACAGCAGCUGUCUAAUUUCCAUGGCGUGCAUAUAGAAGCACAUUCUUUAUUUCUCUAACUCCGCCUGUGUAAGUUUAUCUUACGCUGCCGGUCCCAAGCCCGGAUAAAGGAGGAGGGGGAGGGCGUCAGGUAGUCAAUAACCAGCACUUCGUUUUCACAUUGAUUCCCUGUGAGUUCUUUAAUUUCUCUGCUCAACAGGAUGGUCGUGAUUCUAAAAAAAUGAAGCACUUUAUUCUUUCUUUACAAAUUGCAUCUCUUUGAGUACGAGGUAGGAUGCGGAGCUCACAUGCUGUUUCCUGUGUACUUGCAGUUCUUUUGGUGUAGAUUUCUUCAUCAUGUGGGACUAGUUUUUGAAGCUACUGUCUCUUAGGUUUUCAGUUUCGGUAGCUGUUGAUGUUUCUGAUAUUAUGUAUGUCGCAUUUGUGAGAGCAUGACAAUCCUCACAGCCCAUAGUUGACUGUCAUUUUGAUCAUUUGAAAGAAAUGCCUUCAAUUGCAUUUCUGAUGUGUCUGCUUUAUUUUUAUGUUUGUUAUCGUUUGGCAUGCAUAGAGACACACUAAGAUGAACAAGUAAUAUAAAUUAUCUUAAUAUUCAAAUUUUGCAAGGGGUCAUCAAUUUCCUGUUUUCCACGUCAGGUAUUAAGAGAGUACACGAUGAUGGUGAACAUGGCACUCAUAGGUCGUGAUUUUAGAUUGCAGAAAAGUCUGUCUUUGUCGAAUUGAACAAGGCUUUCUUCUAUGUUUUAUACUCUUGUUUCUUAUUCGACAUUAUUGACCUUCAAAUUUAUUUACAGUCAAGAAGUAUAUAUUGCAAGGAGGGCCAAUGCACCUACCUUUUUCUGUUCCUCCCUCCAAUAGUAUCUUAUCUGCAGGCAAGAGUUCUUCAAAGUGUUGAUUGUGGUUUUGCAGUUUGUUAGGCGUCUGCCCUGCUGCACUGCAGGGUCAGAUAGAGAGGUAGUGAGAGAAAACAUGAUGAUGAUCUUUGAGAUUUGAUUUGGAGGCCGGGUACAGAUUCAAGGUCAGAUUGGUUUCUGUCUGAUUUUCCCAGCCCAUCUUACAGAAGUAGUUGCUGGGGUUAUAACUUUCAGUCAUCUAAUUCUGGUGUGAUUUUGCAUUAGGACAUGCUUCUGAAGCUGAAGAU